AUGGCAUACAUCCUCUACUCGGUUCUCUUCUUCUCCAUCGCUCUCUCCACAGUUCUAUACUUCACGCGCAGUCGCUGGACACCAUACCUUCCGAUUGCCGUGCAAGACCUCUUCUCCCGAUUAAAUCCAUACACAUAUAGCCGCCUUCCCACGUCCUUCAUGGGCGACGUCGAGUCGGGCUUCACCUCGGCAGACUUCGACCUCAGUUCCAACAUCAUGGAAGGCGACAGCCGAGGCGGACUGGACCAGAAGGCGAAGCGAGAGAUCCAAAGGCUGAUGAAGAUUCGGGGCAUCAAUUUCGACGAGGCCAGGAGGGUGUACAUGGAACAGGGGUUCAAGAAGCAUGGCAUCGGUGCGGACGGCAUCCCCCGAGAUCCCAAGUUCGUGUCGUUCUCGUAA